GUGAAUGAGAACAAGACUUACACAGGAACAAAAUAGUUUUCCUAGACUGAGACACGAACAUUUUAUAUUCCCUCAGGCGGAAACAUUUUGCCCCUGUGUUUUCACAGAUGCAACGAGUGCUAAAAGGAUAAAUGUCGCCUAGAGAAGAUAAACAUUAUAUGAUGCUCGCAACAUAGUGAACAUACAUGCCUAAUAACGAUUUAUGAAUAUAGUACUACUGCACUCGUUAUACUUCUACCGUACCGAAAUCUAAUUUAUGGGGGAACGGUUCAAAUGUGACACCACAGCGGAAGUAGUCGUUUGCCAGCUGUGCACUGGUUCAUUCGAGCUGAAAAGAUGAUUAAAGCAAUCCUGGUGUUUAAUAACCAUGGCAAGCCACGUUUUAUGCGCUUCUAUCGGCAUUUUGCUGAGGAAAUGCAGCAGCAGAUCAUACGUGAGACCUUCCAUUUAGUUUCAAAACGAGACGAUAAUGUUUGCAACUUUUUGGAAGGUGGAAGUUUAAUUGGAGGCUCUGAUUAUAAACUGAUUUAUCGUCAUUAUGCCACCCUAUACUUUGUGUUCUGUGUCGAUUCCUCUGAGAGUGAGUUGGGAAUUCUUGAUCUUAUCCAGGUUUUUGUUGAGACACUAGACAAAUGCUUUGAGAAUGUAUGUGAGCUGGAUCUGAUAUUCAAUGUGGAUAAGGUGCACUAUAUUUUGCAUGAAAUGGUAAUGGGAGGUAUGGUCUUAGAGACCAACAUGAAUGAAGUUGUCGCUCAGGUCGAAGCCCAGAACAAAUUAGAGAAAUCGGAGGCUGGAUUUUCAACAGCACCAGCAAGGGCAGUUUCAGUGGUGAAGAAUAUGAAUUUACCCGAAUUGCCUCGCAAUAUCAACAUAGGCGACAUCAACAUCAAAGUCCCUAACCUUUCUCAGUUUGUUUGAAAUGACAUUAUGAACAUGUUUUUUGCCUAUUUAUUGUGUGGGCCUAAUGAUCUGCUGUCUGUUCCUUUCAUAGGACAGCAAAGCACAUUAGAAUAGUACACUGGAAAUCAUUGAUCCAUAAAAACAGAUCAUAAAUGUUACCAUUGAUUAUUUUGACGCAAGUUAUAUUUAAUAUUUAGUGUAAAAAAUGAUUCAAUGUAAGUAAUGUUUUACCAUAAAAUCUAAAACCGGAUAAAAACUACAUUUCAGCCCUAUUCUUCAAGUUUCAAAUUUCUUGCACUUUUUGCAUUUAUUUUUUUAUAUUCUUAUAUGUUUUCUUCUUUUUGUUUGAAAUGGAAAGUUUUAAAUAGUAAUCAAAAUGUUCUUAUUUACCUUCCCAGCAGUUGUAUUUCUUUAUUAACCUUAACCUGGAGCAGUGCUUUAAAAAUACUUAACUAAUUAGAUUAUUCUGUUCUAAUUAAGCUCCCAAAAACAAGAGUUAAAGGUUUUUUACCCAAAUACUGAAUCGUUUAAAAGUAAUGCAGCACAUUUUUAAAGCGCUGACUAAAAUAGAGGCUAUGUUACCUCAAAAUUUCCUCAGUAGCUACAUCCCAUUGUGUGAGCACCUAGUCUGGAUGCUAGUCAGAGUAGCAGCAAGGUAGCGUGCAUCAAGCAUAUGCAGGCACAGUCACUGUCUUUAGCACCUCAGUUAAGGAAGUUUACUAUGAAAUCUGUGAGAUCACGGUAAAUUUCUUACAAGAUCACAGUAAAGCACAGUGUGAAGUUGGCACUAAUGGUGCUGAUUGGCUGUUCUUUUCUUUACCACACAGUUGACACUAAAAACACCUGAAUGUUAACUGCUCACUCUGGUUACUUGACCUUAGUUUUAAAUACAAAAAAAAAAAUCAUAAAACAAUUUAUUUUUCACAGUGGCAUCAGAGAUUAAUAAACAUUUAUGUUGAGUGAAUUGUUCCUUCAAUAAAAUGUCUUGAUUUAAAUAUGAGAGAACAAUUAUGAACACCACGUUAGGGGGUGAUGAAACCAAGUACUAAACAUAUUAAGCAUAAGGUACCUUGCGCAACCCAACAUGUCUGAUCUGUUCCAUCUUAUGGAAUGAAAGUCAUUUUUUACAACCAGCUGUUUGAAAUUAAGAGAUACGUAACUAAUCCGUUUUACGUUUACUCAUGCGAUUUGUAAACAAGGGAGAAUUCUGUAAAAAUUGUCUUACUUGAACAUGUUAACUCUUUAUAAACUGGAAGUAAAAUUAUUGCAACAGUUUGAUUUCGUAGAAUAAAUCAUUUUUGUUACUUA